AAACUACUUUCUUUACUCUCAAUCCUCCUCGUCUUCCUUUUUCUUCCUUUUGCAUUGAAAAUUCAAAGAAAAGCAGAAAACCAACUUCAAAUCAGCUCUCAAGAAUUCAAAACCAACUACAAUUCUCUAUACUUCCCAUUCCACAACUGAAGAGAAGAAACUAUAAGAAAAACUCAUUUCAGUCCUACUUCAAGAGCAUCUAAAACCCCACCAAAAUGGCAAUUUGCACCGUCUAUACCACCUACUCACUCCAUUCAACUUCUUCAAUCUCCAACCCAACAAAAACCCACUUGGGAUUUCUUCAUCAAAAACAGGUUUUUUUCUACAGCAGUAGCAAGAAAUCCAAGAGAAACAGCACCUUCUCUGAGAUAUCAUGCUCUGCUGAGGAAGCCAAAACAGUAGUAAUUGGGCUGGCAGCUGACUCUGGCUGUGGGAAGAGCACUUUCAUGAGGAGGCUGACCAGUGUCUUUGGUGGCGCAGCAGAGCCUCCGAAGGGCGGUAAUCCAGACUCGAAUACGCUGAUUAGUGAUACGACUACCGUCAUUUGUUUGGAUGAUUAUCAUUCACUUGAUAGGACUGGGAGGAAGGAGAGAGUGACUGCUCUUGAUCCAAGAGCAAAUAACUUUGAUGUCAUGUAUGAGCAGGUGAAAGCUCUCAAGGAUGGAAUUGCAGUCGAGAAGCCGAUAUACAAUCAUGUUUCUGGUCUUUUGGAUCCUCCUGAGCUUAUUCAGCCUCCCAAGAUUCUAGUCAUUGAAGGAUUGCAUCCAAUGUUCGAUCCUCGAGUGAGGGAGCUCCUGGAUUUCAGUAUCUACUUGGACAUAAGCAAUGAAGUGAAGUUUGCAUGGAAAAUUCAGAGAGACAUGGCAGAGCGUGGGCAUAGUCUCGAGAGUGUUAAAGCCAGCAUCGAAGCCCGAAAGCCAGAUUUUGAUGCUUACAUUGACCCACAAAAGCAAUACGCGGAUGCCGUGAUAGAAGUCCUGCCGACGCAACUGAUUCCUGAUGACAAUGAAGGCAAGGUCUUGAGGGUGCGGCUGGUGAUGAAAGAAGGCGUGAAGUACUUCAACCCUGUUUAUCUGUUCGACGAGGGAUCCACUAUCUCAUGGAUUCCCUGCGGAAGGAAGCUGACUUGUUCAUAUCCCGGCAUCAAAUUCUUCUAUGGGCCCGACACAUACUUUUCUCACGAGGUAUCUGUGUUGGAGAUGGAUGGGCAGUUUGACAGGUUAGAUGAACUGAUAUACAUCGAAAACCAUCUGAGCAACCUCUCUACUAAGUUCUACGAAGUCACGCAGCAAAUGUUGAAGCAUUCUGACUUCCCAGGUAGUAACAAUGGGACAGGUCUCUUCCAAACGAUAGUCGGUUUGAAGAUAAGAGAUCUCUAUGAGCAGAUCAUCGCCGACAAGUCGAAAGCUCCACUAGAAGCGACCAAGGCCUAAUAACAGUCGAGGUGGAAGAGGCAACUUAGUUCCAAUUCAAACUCCAUUCCCACUGGAAGUAGGCUCCUAUUGACAGUGAGGAUUGUUAUAUAUUUAAAAUAAUAACUAAAAAAAAUAAAAAUGUAGAGAUGAUGUAAUGUAUCAAAGUCCCAACACAAUUCAAGUGUUGGAACAUUUAAAUCAUGUACUGUAUGAAAUGCAUUUCAUCUUGGCUUGCCAUCACUUUCACUGUUAAGAGACGAAAGAUCA